UCGCGCCACAACGUCUGUGGAUAAUACCAUGAGGGUUGAAUCUUAGAUGCAGCGUGUAUUCUGCGUCAGAAUGUGCCACCUUGACUAGCUGAUGAGUUCGACUAGCCCAACCAACUACAUCGCCUCGAUACCUCCUCCUUAGUUAGGGUUUCCGUCCGUCUGGAAUGCGAGCAGUCCCUGGACGACAAGGGAUGAGACACACAGAUAUUGUCAAGAGUAUGAAUACAUCUGGUCCAAAGCAAUGACAUUCCCGGUUCUGACGGCCCAAAAUCAAGCGGGGGCGUUGCACAGGAAUCUCUGCCGGCUGGGAUCUCAUUUCCAUCAACUCCCUCAGUUUAUCCUUCUUUCCACGACAAGGCUAUAGCGCUGGACUCCUUUGCCAGCCGUGCCAAAGCGUAGCAGGCGCGCAACACAAUGGCCAGCAAACGAAUUAGACCUUCCCCCUCUGACGAUACACUCUCUGCGCAUCUCUCGGUGGAAGACUGCGUCAACGACUCUACAAGCACCUCCAUCCCACACGCCUAGCGGCCACACCACGUGCGCUUCGUCCUACGGUAUCAUCUAACCACCCAUCUGCCGCAUGCGAGCACCGCCGUGGCGUACAGGGUGACUUUUGCUACAGACGAAGAGGGGCCACAGCAAUGGCGACAUGGCAGCGGGGGCUCUCGGAAGGCGGUUGGGAGGAGCUGCUCCAGCGUCCCGGAAGUAUAAGAAUCCGUUCUCGCUACCGAUAUGACUGAACCAUGGCAUUGCAACGAUGGCAUGGCUUUUCCAAUUCGCAGACACAGAUCCCUCGCGUCGAAGGGUUUCUCCACUGCGACACAGCGUCGGGGCUUCAGUUUGCGAAGCAUUGUCGAUGCAGGCUCGGGAAUUGUUGAUGCUAGACCACCAGGAGCGUAUCGGUUGACAAUUGCCCUCCAAAAGCAGAGAUCGAGAUGCUGGGCACUCCGAAGAAUUGCGAUUUUGACUAUCUCUCUACAUUGCUUUGCGCAGUGGCCACUGCGGAGACGCGCUCAUCACCAAGAAAAGAAUCCAUCCCAACAAACCCCAAGACACUUUGGCCUCGUCAAGUGCAAAGGCCGCUUCGUCAGGCAGACUAAACAACAUCUCAUUGAGGACCCUGCGGUACAGUCCACCUCAAUUACCUGAGAUCCAGGGAGGGAAGCAAUUGCUUCAAGGCGAUUCAACUCUGGCUGCGACAGGAUCUGCGGGCUCUUUCCCCUCUUCCCGUAGUGCAAAUCCUGGUUCUACAGCGUCAUGUCGAUCCAUAACCAAUUCGACUUUCGUGGGCCGGAUGCCGCAAGCGAGUUUGCCAAAUCGGACUCUAAGCCCAAGUUGACCCCGGAGGGGGAAAGCGAGGUUGUUACAAACAGCAAAGGCCCGAGCAUUGGGCAGAUAAACCUGUUGCAACGAAUGCUGAGUCCACCAAUCAAUCUGCAGAGCGAUUGCUCGCUCUCCAGCAAGCAGUCAGGGUCAUAUACUGGCAUAUGGCCCUUAACCCAUAUCUGGAUGUCUCAAGAGCAAUCUGAAGUGUUUGUCAGGACAUUCCGUCGCGCUCCGUUGGUUCCAUUUGGCGCAGUUCCUCUGCGCCAUCGUUUUCGCCCUGUUUGCUGUGAGUAGUGCUUUCCAAUACAUCCGUCGGUCCCUGUGGCAUCAAUGGAGGACAACCUGAGUCCAAGAGAAGCACCGCAUCUGUCAAUCUCCUGGAUCUGUGCAUCGCCUGCCAGAUAGCGACGCUCAGGUGGUUCAGACCCGCUUCCGACCCCGCUUGAAGGCUUUGAUAGUCGCAAAGGUCUACUGCCGGGUUGAGCAUGGAACGCUGAGUCGAUUUUCGAAGCUUUAAAUCCGUUGAGUGGUUGCAGUUGCUCAUGGCUCGGAGCCACCGUCCUCGAUCACCUCGAGCGGACUUGGAUCAUGGACCCCACCAUCGAGUAUUUCCUCUCACACCCUCAGUUUCGUAUGCAGACUCUUCCUCUUCAAAUUUCAAUCUUUCCACAACCUGACGGGCUCGGAAACUUUUCACAAACUUCCAAGCCUCUGUGUCGGCCAGGUUCCACGCCUCUGCCACGUUACGGAUUUUGAGCACAGCCUCAUCCUUACUGUUGAUGGUUCCCCUUGCCUUCUGUAAGAGGCUGACCUCAAUUGCGGCCUGCUCUUCCGUUGGCGGACUAGGAUCAGAGGCCUUCUUACGAUCGGCGGGGAGACCAGCAGGUGUCUUGGCCCAACGCUCAGGUCCGGGCACUGGAGGCAGAGACUCACCAUGAGACACUGUCGUUCUCGGGAUGGGAAAGCCAAAGUGCCAGUCGAGAUGCGUGAGCCAAUCUUCUGGAAAUGCUGCGACCUCCUCCUGUGCUGGACGGGCGUCAUUAGUAGGCGAUUUUGGUGGAGGGGGCGGCGGAUUGAACGACGCAGGAAAAUGCUCGGUGGUAAACCACAAGGAACGACUACUGCCAUAUUCUGAUGCCACCGCAUCCUUUAAGGCCACCACACGGCUCGGGCCUCCACGACCGUCUCCCAAUAUAUCCCGCGUGACUGCAGUUAUCCAAGGAUCUCGCUCAGUGUAUCGCCUUAUGUGAGCAACGGAUACGGCAUCAGACUGGUUUGUCAGCGUGAUCAUCGUAUAAGGGUGAGGCACAACAGCAAUUGUAAACAAGGAAGAUGUAUUCCUGAACGAAGGAGCGGUCGUGAUCCUCAAUUUCGAGCCGGUGCACGGAGAGCAUUUCGGUCGAUUCGGUGGACAAGAUGAUUGCAAGAGAGAGCUGGGACAUUCCGCAAGGAGACGGGCUAGGUCCUUGGACGGCUGAACAAGAGUGAAGGUGUGGGCUGCAAGAGGCUGCAGGACCGCAAUGCCAGCACUGAAAGUGUUUUGCCACAUGACAUGAAGAUGAGCGAUCAUGAGUUUGUUGAGCGAACGUCGACCCUUGUUCACAUCUUUGGCGAUCAAUUCUGCCAGAAUAGGGUAUUUGGAAGCGAUUGUCUGAGGAUCAUAAUGGGCGAUGGAUGUUGGCUGUUCGAUCGCAAAGCGCUCCGGGUCGAUGGCAUCUGUGACGGUCUUGAAAGAGCUCAACUUCAUGUUGUCGAGUGCGGAUCUGAUGGCAUCAUCUAUUUGGGUCUUUUCC